UAAAAAUGGCAUUGCCCAUGGCGCACCUCUCAGUUUGUCGUCUGCUGCUCCGACAGACGCACGUGCUCACUUUGUACAUGUAACUAAAUCCUAUCCGAACUACAUUUGAGGCGACCAUGGUGCUAAAAAGUCAAGAGAUGAGGUUCGACGCUGCGGAUUUCGUAAAUCCGGCUUUCCAGGAGGACGAGAAGGCACCGCAGGCCAACGGAUUACACACACCGGCCCAGAGUGACAAUGCUUCGUCAGUUGAUCUCAAACGAGUCGAAGAUGGAAGCUCACCGGAACGAGGUCAAUGGGGAAGCAAGACAGAGUUCAUAUUGUCAUGUAUUGGACUCUCCGUGGGUAUUGGCAACAUUUGGAGGUUCCCUUAUUUGGCCUACCAGAAUGGAGGAGGUGCCUUCCUCCUGCCAUACAUGAUACUCAUGAUUCUCGUGGGUAAACCAAUGUACUUUAUGGAGGUCGCAGUAGGGCAGUUUACGAGUCUUGGACCAAUGUCUAUUUGGAGGUGUCUACCUAUCGCAAAAGGUGUCGGAGCAGCCAUGAUGGUCGUGUCUAUACUAGUCGCGAUAUACUACAACGUAGUCAUCGCCUACACUUUUUUCUACAUGGCUCAGAGCUUCCGCUCCGAGCUUCCAUGGCAGGAUUGCUACGAGUGGUGGGGUGCUGACCCUAACACCUGUUACGUGCGCAAUGGAAACGUGGAGCGUUGCAGCGUUGUGAAUGAUAGGCUCGUGCACGAAUACAUUCACAGCAAAGUGGAGCUCCCAGGAACCGUGGAGCUUCGCACCGCAUGGAACGUCAGCGCAUUUGUUCCACAGGCUAUUGUCUCCGAUCUGUUCAGCAACUGCACGAACGCUACACAAACCGCUAGUCAACAAUUCUGGGAACGCUACGUACUCAAUAUCACUGGAGGCAUCGAUGAACCUGGAGCUCUCCGAUGGGACCUGAGUCUUUGCCUGUUAGCCAGUUGGGUCAUCGUGUUUCUCUGCCUCAUGAAAGGAGUCAAAUCAACUGGAAAGGUAGUAUACUUCACGGCAACUUUCCCCUACGUUGUUCUUCUGAUCCUUCUCGUGAAAGGCGUGACGCUUCCUGGAGCCGUGGAGGGCAUCAAAUAUUUUCUCAUCCCUGAUUGGAGCAGGAUUCUGGAGAUUGAGAUCUGGCGCAAUGCAGCUGAGCAACUCUUUUACUCGCUGGGAAUCUCUUGGGGAGGAAUCAUCAUGUUCGGCAGUUACAACAAGUUCAGAAACCCUGUUCAUAAGGACGCUCUCUUCGUCAGCUUCAUGGAUUUUAUCACGAGUAUCAUAGGCGGCAUUGUAAUCUUUUCGGUCCUGGGAAACAUGUCUACGGAGCUCGGAGUGGACAUCAAAGACGUAGCUAAAGCAGGUCAAGGCCUAGCCUUUGUCGCCUACCCAGAGGCCCUCUCGCGGCUAGUCGUACCUCAGCUAUGGUCUUUCCUAUUCUUCUUCAUGUUAUUCCUCCUGGGGCUUGACAGCGAGUUUGCCCUUUUGGAAACAUUCCUUACAGCGUUUUACGAUGAAUUUCCCGCGUCCAGGAGAUAUAAAGUUCCAAUGACGCUGGGCAUCUGCGUUGUUUGCUUCCUCCUUGGACUGCCAUGCGUCACUCAGGGAGGCCAGUAUGUUCUCAACCUUAUGGACACCUAUGCCGGAGGCUUCGCAGUCAUAUUCAUUGCUAUCUGUGAAGUCAUCAGCAUUAUGUGGAUUUACGGGUUCCGCCGGUUCUCCAACGAUCUGAAGCUAAUGCUGGGUCACAGUGUGGGCUGGUACUGGAAGUCCAGCUGGCUUGUGUUCUCCCCCAUCAUACUGUCCUUCCUGUUCAUCUACGGCUUCUUCUGGCACAAGCCCGUCACUUACGAUGGCACCGUCGAGUAUCCUGCUUGGGCUGAUGGUCUCGGUUGGUUCUUAGCGCUGGUGUCUAUGGCGCAAAUCCCCAUCUGGGCCGUGGUAGUUCUGUUCUUGAAUCGAAAGAACCUGAGAAAGGCAUUCGAACCACAACUCACGUGGGGCCCAGCAGAACCCGAAGACUUCGCCCUCUACAGCUCCGAGCACUCAGUGGUGAAUCAUGCGUUGGAAUACGUUGACACCUAUCAGUCGAAAUCCGCCUUUUAAUGGUCCUUCUAUGUCAAGCACCAGAAGACAGAACCUGCUCUAUCCUGAUACGGCAAACGACCUGUCGCAAUGAUACAUGGUUGCCAGGUUCACUGAAUAACCGCGUUGAGCGCGAUGCUGUGUUCCAAGAAACUGCUGGCAACCAUGGAUAGCUUCAAAAGGUGAAGCAACUCGAAUAAUUGACGCCAGCUAAAAUUAUGUGUAGCGUUGUAGCGUUUUACCAAACGGGCCCGGACAGAGAUAGUGUGUGUCUAUACAGUGUUGCGUACACCUCGGGCUUAGUAUGUUCAGAUGUGGCGGCAACUUUUACUGUGUGAUUUUACGAGGCCCGGUAACGACGAACAUUUCAUUUCAAUGAUGAUCAUGAUGAUUAUGUUGUUUCAUCGCGGCCAACAACGACUUGAUCAUGCGCCUUGUAGAAAUGUGAUCUGUUUUUACUUUUGUUUAAUGCACAACUUUUUAAUUUGGUCUCCCUUUAUGUGAGUCGUGACCCAUCGUAUGUUGCACGACCCAAUAUUGGCGAAAAGUACUUAUUUGUAGCGAGAUACGGAACCAUGUACGCACUUCGGCAUUGAGCUAUGACGUCACAGAACCGAAAGCCUCGGCGCAUACCGAGUAAGCACAUACUGUAUCUUGUAAGAAGGUGACCCCUGCCGCGGUCGUCUCACUUGCGGAGGUGCACGCGGUGAUGUCACAGCCGGAUAAGUUUCAGUAUUCGAGGUUUCAGUAUUCGCGGUUUUCCCUCUUUGCCUCAAAACUUGUAAUGCAGGUUCACACGGAUGCAAAUAAGCACCUCCGGGAUAACCUGGGGACGAAGUGUCACAACCCCUUUUUACUCAGGUCCUCGUCAAUACCCUAAAGUGUGGCUCUUCUUGAGCUUGUAUUUAGGUACUAUUUGUACAUAGUCCACUUGUAGAUAGUUCAACUCACGUCAUUCCCUCGCCGCUGACAUCGAUGUUAUUGAAUGCUGUUGAGCGUCCGAAAGCUUCUUAGAAUAGCACAAAACUCUUCUCAUCUCAUCAUAGUCGUUCGUAACACAACUCUCUUUCGCGCUCUAAUAAGCGACGUGCCCCAUUCCAAUUACUUUCUCCGUGUGACUUCGGCCGGAGACGGCAUGUUGCAAACCACCAUAGAUUUCUCCAACACGCUAUACAGUCAGGAUCACUUGACCUUUAUUUAUUGAGUGCAAGCUGGGCUUCACUGAUUCGACUUGCUCGUAGAUUUCAAGUCAACUAGCAAGUUCUCUUGUGUCCGUAGGUCAUAGACAAAGAGCAAUCUCCGUGUCUCACCGAUGCUAGCGCUCGAGGUGCAGCUACAGGAAAGGAUGCGACUCGAUUACGUAUAUGAUUGUGUACGCUGGGCGUGCGAUGAACUCUGCUCCUGUGUGUAGUAAUAAAAUGUACUUUUUACCUUGCGCCACGUGGAGAGUUCUUUUUGCUUAAAUAGCGUGAAAUUAAAAGUGCAUUUUUGUGUA